CCAACAGCCACCAUGGACCUGCGUCUCUCUGCUCGUGUCCUGCUGGUACUUUGUGUGACAUGGAGCGUAAAUGGAGGGAACAUUUUGGUGUGGUACACUGAAGGCAGCCACUGGAUUAACAUGAAGCCUGUGCUGAACACGCUGAUCGACAGAGGACACCAGGUGACUGUCCUGGUCCCAAGCUCAUCCUUAUUCAUGAACACCAGUGAACCCUCACGUUUUCGCUACGAACCCUUCAACGUCGAUGUUUCAAUGGAGGCCAUGGAGGAAUUUAUGAACAAGUUCCUUGAAUUCUCCAUGUACGAGAUGGAUCAUAUGAGCUACCUGCAGAUGUACAUCAGAGUAGCAGAGCUAAUGGGGACUGACAUACAGUAUUCAUUAAAGGUAUUGGACGGUGUGCUGAAAUCAGAAACCCUCAUGAAGAAGCUGAAGGAGGGAAAUUAUGACCUCCUCCUGUCUGACCCCAUUUACCCCGGCAGUGACUUGGUAGCAGACAUUUUGGGCAUCCCCCUUGUCUACUCCUUGCGCUUU